CUCAUUCCAGUUUUUUGGUAUGGAAAACAGGCCACGUGGUCUCGACGAUGCCCGCAUUUUUGCACUGCUCAAAGACCUGUGGGGGAUUUAUGAGGGUUCUUUGAUCUUUGAUCUGCCGACUCCCGUGCGUGUUCCGUCUGGAGAGGGCGCUGGAGGCUCUGAUGCUGCGUGCGGCGUUGUCAGUUCGAUAGAGCUGCGCGGCCUGGAAAGCUAUGAUGAUUUCAAUGCCCAUGUCGUUGUCAGAGUGGGGGACGAGGCGCGAAUGGAAUAUGUGUUCAAGGCGACCAUGCUCCACACGCGUCAGCGACUGGUAAGGGGUGGAACACACAGGGGGAACACAUCAUGUCGUCGAAUGUUUGCUCAUACAGGAGCUGCAGACGGAGGUCAUGACCUUGCUCAAUGCAGCUGGUCUUCCGUGCCCAGCUGUCGUCCCUUCUGUUCACGGCAGGCACAUAGAGAGGGCCGACGGGCUCACCACUGACGGCACUGCUGCAGCAGACGAGUGCAAUGGCAAGAAACACCGGCCAACUCUGUACGAGCGAACGUGGUCGACAGUUGAUUGUUGACGUAGGGCUUAAUUGUGUGGUUUGUUUAAUCAGUGUGCGGCUACUGACAUACCUGCCGGGCAAGGUGCUGCCACUGCAGCAUCACCGAUCGCGAACCAUGCUCAUCAACCUUGGGAGGCUCGCCGGGAGAGUGUCGGCUGCACUCGAGGUGUCUGACUGGGGUCAUUUCAUUUUUCCCAGCCUGCGUGCAUGCCUGUCUAUGGAUAUAUCGUUCAGGGUUACGAGCAUCCCGCAUCCGAGUGGGAUUGGGAGUGGAAUAUCGCCACUCUGAUCGCCACGUGCAGGUCCAGCCGAGUCGACCUCCUCUAUGUGUAUAUAUUGGUUGUUUUCGGCACCAACCAUUUGCAUGUUUGUGUGUGGGUGCGUGCGCGUGUCAGGCCGCGGGUGCGGUACGAGCAGCAGGCUCAUCGGCGGGAGCUGGCUACACUAAUUCUGGCAUAUCACACAUGCACUUAAGAAGGGCACACAUACAUUCAAGAAUGCUGGUCUGUCUGUUCAGGAUGAGUUUGAGCGUGUUGUGUGCCCGCGGCUAAGCUCUCUCCGCCAGUCCGUCGCACACACCGACCUCAACGAUACCAACCUCCUGUGGGCAGGUGACACGCAUUCAUGAGACGAUUCAUGUGUGCGUGGAUCGCUGCGACGUCUGUGUGUGUGGACGCUGAUCGGUUGGUCCAUCGAUCGGUCCAUCAGGUGACGAGUGCUGCGGUGUGCUCGACUUUGGUGACGUCAUACAUACAGCCACGUGCUUCGAAGUCAGUAAUUGGAUACCAUGUGGUCGGUCACGCGUGUCACUCGUCGGUGUGUGUCACUGUCUGUGUGCAGGUGGGCAUAUGUGCGGGGUAUCACUGCAUUGCGCAACCUGACCCUUGGGAGGCUGCACUCACCAUCAUACAAAGGCAAACACGCACAGUCACACACACACACACACACACAGCCAUACACAGCAAUGCAUUCAUGGACUCUCCGUCGGGCACCUUUCGUAUGCGUUAUGGUUCGUGCGUGUGUGUGCAGUUAUGAUGAGGGUUAUCCGCUUACUGAUGACGAGAUAGAGGUCCUGCCGCUGGUGGUACAGGCCAGGUGAGAGAGAUAGACGGGAUGAACAGAGGGGUGGAAGACAGUAUGUAAUUGGAGGCAGCCAGGUAGAGGUUGGUCUAGAGGAUGAUGAUCGAUCUCUCAAAGUCCUUUAGGAGGCCGGUCUGCAGGUCGGCUGUUGACUUGAAGGAACAAUGUACCAUCAGAUAAACUGCUGACCAAACAGACCAGCCAGACAGCAGAGACAGACAGACAGACAGACAGAGAGGGAAGGAUGGAGGGGGAAGGUUUUUCACUCCUCACGCGUCAUUUUCAUCGCUUUGUGUGCUGUCCAUUUCAGGAUUCUGAUGUCGGCACUCAACUCAAUUUACUACCAGGUGUGGAUGAUGAAGACAAUGAGCUAGACUACAUGCGAACGACAUCGGAUGUGUGUGUGUAUAUGCCGCCGCGCUGCUCUGGUAGACACUUGAGGUGCGCUGAAUGAGCAAACAGGCGAAUUGCUCUCAUUAUGCUGUGAUUCUUGUGUUAACAGCCCGACAAUGAGUACCUCUCACACACACACGAGGUACACAGAGAGACGACAAAUGGCCAAUCGAAGUGAACGCGUACGUCUUGCUGUGCGGUAUGUCUGUGCAGCCCGGUUGGCGUACGCUUGAGCAGCUUGGUGCGCGUCUCGAGAUUCGAGCAAGGGGGCAAGAGGUGGCUGUGGAUGAACUAAAGAGGAGGCUCAAGGCCUCACGUGUACAUCGAGGCAGCCCUGCAACUACGGUCACAGUUGAGACACCUUAUUGUGUUGUGCGCAGGGAGGGCUGACAUACAUCGGCCUGGUUUUGCGACUGGCAGGCACCACCGAGUGACAGGAUCGCUGCUGAAUAAGGCUGAAGUGACUGCUGGCGUGAUGUCGUGACGUUUCUUCCCCAUAAUAGAGAGAGGCGUAAAUGUCUGAAUGCAAACGUUCUCUCUUCGUGGCCAAGGGAUCGGCUUGUCUGUGUGCGCGUGUGCUCGUACGUACACCCAUUAUGUCAUGUGUCUCUGAUGUACUGUGGGCUCGGACAAGUGGGACCCUGCUUUUAAAUGGGAAAAAGAAUCCCGUUUAUCCGUUGCACAUAAAUGUUGGUCCG